AUCUCUUUCCGUUUUUGUGCGCAACCAAAAAAGAUGGCCGAUGUAAAUAUCUAUACAAAAAUCCAAUGAAAAACUCGGCAUCCGUGCGGGUAUCGAACAAAAUGCCAUACGAAACACCAUUAGAAGACUUCGUUGCACGGCUGCUGAUGUUAUUCUGGAGUUUCGCAGCGCGAUUUACCGGCUGAAUGUGAAACUAAUGUCGGUGUUUUUUUUCGUUCUAUGCAGCAAGUCGAUGAAAAUCUGAAGAAGAAGCGUACCUUCAAGAAGUUCACCUACCGCGGUGUCGACUUGGACCAGCUUCUGGACAUGCCCAACAACCAGCUGGUGGAGCUGAUGCACAGCCGUGCCCGCAGGCGUUUCUCCCGCGGACUGAAGCGCAAGCCAAUGGCUCUGAUCAAGAAGCUGCGCAAGGCCAAGAAGGAGGCACCGCCAAAUGAGAAGCCCGAGAUUGUCAAGACCCACCUGAGGAACAUGAUCAUCGUACCCGAGAUGACCGGCUCCAUCAUUGGCGUCUACAACGGCAAGGACUUCGGACAGGUGGAGGUCAAGCCCGAGAUGAUCGGUCACUACCUGGGCGAGUUCGCCCUGACCUACAAGCCCGUCAAGCACGGUCGUCCUGGUAUCGGUGCCACCCACAGCUCCCGUUUCAUUCCUCUGAAGUGAGCGCUGCUCGUCUUUUGGGCUGUUGAGAUGAAUGAUGCGUGAAUAAAUGAAACGUACUUUUAU